UUUUCUUUUCAAAUUGCCAUUUUUCACUGUAGGAGAUGAAUGUUUUCCUUUGGAUGUUUUGGCAGUAACUCUGACUUAAAACCAUGCUGACAUUUUUUUCUCCCUAAUUGUUGAGAGCUAUGGACUGCAGGAAGAUGGCCCGCUUCUCAUCCAGUGUGAUUCUGGUCAUGGUCAUUUCCAAAGCGUUUGCACUGGGAUUCGUUGCCGGGUUGGGCUACCAUGAACUGGCACGUCCACCUCAGGGAGACCUGGCCCCCAGAGAUGACCGCAUUCGGCCCCAGGAGGAGCCUGCCAUUCGUCCUCGUGCUUCCCAGUUGGUGCCAUCCAUGGGAAUACAGGACAGUAAGAAGCUGAACAGAACCUGCUGUCUGAAUGGGGGAACCUGCAUGCUGGGGUCCUUCUGUGCCUGCCCACCCCCCUUCUAUGGACGGAACUGUGAGCAUGACAGGCGCAGAGAGAGCUGCGGAUCCGUGCCCCAUGACACUUGGUUGCCCAGGAAGUGUGCCAUGUGUAAGUGCUGGCAUGGCCAACUCCGCUGCUUUCCUCAGGCAUUUCUGCCUGGCUGUGAUGACCUCAUGAUGGAUGAGGACCUCAUGGCUUCCAGGACUCCAGAACUACCACUGUCUGCAUGUACCACUUUUAUGCUAGCUGGCAUCUGCCUUUCUGUACAAAGUUACUAUUAAUUGACAUUGACCUUUUCCUGAAAAUACAAGUUUAGGUAUCAUGCAAAUUUCAUGACCAGUAAAGCUGCUGCUCCAGUAUCCUAACUGAGAGAUGAUUAUUUGUCAGUUGCCUUAAAAUAAUAAAUUUAUUUCCAUAGUGGUCCCUAAUACUUCCCUGGAAGUACCAACUACUUCUUACCUUGCCCUGCCCUUCCUGCAGAAACAACUUCUUUUUUUCAAAAGAAAGUCAGCCAUGUCUACCUUGUGCCCAAAUCCUGUGACUCUU